AUGUUAAAAGAACAUACUCCUUUACAAUAUUUGAUAGGAGGAGCAUUUGGAGGUUUAUGUGUAGUAGUUGUUGGCCAUCCGUUCGAUACUAUUAAAGUUCGAUUACAAAUGGCACAAAAUAUGGAUAAAAACAUAUAUCAUCUAGUUAGGAAUUUCAUUAGAAGAGAAGGACCUCUUGGUUUAUACAAGGGUAUAUCAGCACCUUUGAUAACCGUCAUUCCAAUAUCGGCUAUCGGCUUCUUUUCUUUUGGUGCUGGCAAAUUACUUGUUAGUGAACCAGGUCAAACAAAAUUCACGGACAUACAAUUAUUAUUCUCAGGAAUGUUCAGUGGAAUAUGCACGACUAUUAUAGCAGCACCUGGUGAACGUAUAAAGUGCCUUCUUCAAUCACAAAUAACAUGGCAACCUCUACUGGCUGGUGGUAUGGCAGGAGUAAUGACUUGGCUCAUCAGUUUGCCUGCUGAUGCAAUAAAGACACGAAUACAAGCCUCACCAAUGAAAACGUAUCCUCGUGGUAUCAGAUCUGUUUUUCCUAUCAUAAUGAAAGAAGGAGGAUUUCUGGCACUUUAUAGAGGAGUGACAACAGUUAUGGCACGGGCAUUUAUAGCAAAUGCUGCUGGCUUCUGUGGUUUUGAGUUCGCCUUUAAUAUUAUGGAUAAAUUGAAUAAAAAAAGAAAAGAAACAGAAAGCAAACGAUAA